UGACCACCGCGGGGGGUAGUGUUGUGUCAACAGGUUACAGCAUCGCGGCGAUGCGCAACUGCAUCUCCAGCCAGCCUCCUCCCAGUGUUCGGGACGAGAACCGGAGAGUUCACUUUUGGCGCGAACACCCCCCGACGCAGACGAUCAUCACUCUCUUCAAAGCGUCUUCACGAACAACACCCCACGUCAGCAGAAUAAACGACCAUGAAGAAAUUUCUGCUCUUUGAUCCGCUGCAGAAACCGCCAAAAGAGUUCAGGACCAUGAGAAUCUUCUCCACUUCCACCAGCUUGGCCGGAUUGACGAUUAUGAUCCGCACGUUUAAAAUACUCGGUUGGAUGGUCUGUAUGCUAAUGAUCUCCUGGAUCUGCUACCUCCACGACAAUGACUUCCCCGACACUAAGACGAACGAGGAUACCAUAGAUAAGUACAUCAAUCAACUAACAGCGAACUUACCCGCCAUUUCAGCUGAUGUGCGUUCUUACAUCGACUUGUUCCUGACAUUGCUCUCGCUGCUCGUCACCAUCGUCGGCUUCAUCAAUUUUUGCGGUAACCUAAUUAGAACGCCAUACACGAUGAUCGACUGGCUAUUCUACACCAUCACGAACAUCAUCUACUUAAUGUUCUUCGCCUCCCUCCUCAAACACUGCGAACAAUUCCAGGAGGACGGGCCACUCCCUCAAUGCUCCUCGAUGUUAUUAGAAGGAACCAAGAAUAACCUCGUACUCUCCAUCUGCAGCUGGCACCAGACCAUGUCCUUCGCCCUCAUCCAUUUCGUCAUCUUCGCCUACAGCCGCGAAAAACCCCUGUACAUCAGCAUACGAAAAUUUAUGAGCGACAAGAGGUUGAGGGAGAAAGGUCUAGAAGAUGUAGCUUUUUAAGCAUCAUCAUCAUCAUCAUUAUCAUCAUAGCAAAACGACCGCAACCGAAUCAAGGACUACGCAAACGAUAACCAUGGCAAAGAAACAAAAAAAAAAUAAAUGAAAAAAGAAAACACGAAAAAAAGAGAAUAGCGAAAUCACGCCCCUUCGUUUAUAGUGGGCGUUGAUUUAUAUAUAAUAAUCACCCAAAUUCCUUUAGCGAAAGUGAAAAAAACGUAGGUCUCACCUGAAUGUCCCCUUUAUAAACUCAUCCCUCCGAGAAGAUAGAUUUUAGAACGGCAACGAAUCCCUCCUUCAAAACACCUUCCCCACAUUUCCACCAAGCCGACGCUCACUCGAUGACCUCCAAAAAAAAAAUAAUACAACUUCUUUACAAUCUUCUCCAUAUCAAUAACAUACUUGCAAAACAAAGUGAUGAACGUUACGAGCAAACGUUGUCGUUUCGAGAAUUCGACGCUCGAACAGUCGUGAUGUACUACGACGAAACUUGGAACCAAUCCCACGAAACGCUUUAAGUAGAGUAUCACAACAACAACAACAACGUUGCUCGAAACGUCGCCUCUGCACCGAAUUUUUCGGUCAUCGAAUGGAAAUGCGGAAGAAAUAUUUAUGUUUAUAUAUGUGUGUGUGUGAUCCA